AUGAAUUGGCUCGCCUGGGCCUCUGUGCCCGUUAUCGUCUUUAGCUUUUGGGUGUACACGUCCACGCUCAGCAGCUCAUUUCCCACCUUGCGAGGGAAGCGCAUUGUCCUCCUCAUAGCUCAUCCUGACGAUGAGGCCAUGUUCUUUGCGCCCACCUUGCUGGGAUUGACGCGUCCAGAGCUCGGGAAUCACGUCAAAAUCCUGUGCCUAAGCAGCGGCAAUGCUGACGGGCUGGGCGAAAUCAGGAAGCAGGAGCUGGUGAAGAGCGGCCUUCAGCUGGGUUUGCGCGGGGAAGAUGACAUCCUCGUUAUCGAAGACAAAAACUUCCCGGAUUCAAUGACGGCUACGUGGCAACCUCGGCUGAUAUCAAACUUGCUCACCUCGGCAUUCGCCCCGAAAAUGGCCUCGAUAUCCUCCAAGGACCCCCCGCAAGCAACCAUCGACGCAAUUAUUACCUUCGAUGCUCACGGCAUCUCCUCUCACCCGAACCACAAAUCACUCUUCAACGGAGCACAUGUGUUCCUCAAAUCGCUCAUGCAUAGCCACAGCGGAUGGGAUUGUCCCAUUAAACUCUACACCCUCACAACCACCAACAUCUUUCGCAAAUACUUGAGUUUGCUAGAUUCGCCGUUCACCAUCGCCGGCGCCGUGGCAAAGAGGAAAGAGAUGGGAGGCUUCCCGACCCCAUUGAUGUAUAUCAGUGGCCCGGUAGGUUACAGGACUGCCCAGAAAGCUAUGACCACAGCACAUGAGAGUCAAAUGCGCUGGUUCCGCUGGGGGUGGAUAACUUUUUCGAGAUACAUGAUACUCAAUGAUCUGAAAAAGGAGAAGACGUUGUAA